AUGCUUCAUGAAGAUAUUCUCAUCUACAAAGAUGAUAUUUUGAGAAUAGCUAGUAUUCCAAAAUCGUCCAUUGAUCUUAUUAUCACUUCUCCUCCCUACAACAUAGAUAUCCACUAUAGCACGCACAAUGAUGAUGUGUCUUGCAGCGAUUACCUUGAAUUUACGGAAGCAUGGCUUAAAAAAUGCUAUAGCUUUGCAAGGGAUGAUGGGCGAUUUUGUUUGAACAUCCCCCUUGAUAAAAAUAAAGGCGGUCAGCAAGCAGUCUGUGCUGACAUUACAAAUAUUGCGAAAAAAGUUGGCUGGAGCUACCAUUCGACUAUUAUUUGGAAUGAGGGCAACAUAUCGCGCAGAACUGCAUGGGGUUCUUGGAUGUCCGCUUCUGCUCCCUAUGUUAUAGCCCCAGUCGAGGUAAUUGUGGUCUUAUACAAAAACUGUUGGAAAAAGAACAAUGGCCGUAAGGAAAAUGACAUUACAAAAUUGGACAAGUGGGGUGUGGGAGCAGGUGGUCACCCAGCACCUUUUCCGAUAGAGCUUCCAAAAAGAUGCAUAAAAUUGUUUAGCUUUGUUGGUGAUACUAUUCUUGAUCCAUUUCUUGGAAGCGGCUCAACACUUAUUGCUGCAAGCUUACAUAAACGAAAAGGAAUAGGAAUUGAUAUUGACAAGAAGUAUUGGGGUCAAUUUACGACAAGAAACAAGAAAGAACUGUUGUAA